AUGGUACGAAUUACUAUUCUGAUAUUGGUUUUGCUCAACCAAUCACCUGAUACUCAAAUUCAUUUUUGUCCGUUAACUGCUGACGAAAAUUUAUUUAAAAAUUUCAAUUAUAAACCGAAAAUAUACCAGCAACAUCUUAAAAAAUACAUGAAAAUUUAUCCACAAACGGGAGGUCAAUAUUGGCUGACUGUUUGCAUCCCCACACUUCUCUAUCCAAAAUCGCAUGGUGGAAUAACACUGGCGAGCAAUGAUCCAUUCCAACACCCUUUAAUCGAUCCAAAGUAUUUAACCGAACACGAAGAUGUUGAAAGGCUGGUUAGUGGGUGUAAACUUGUCGAAAAAAUAUAUCCAUCGCUCAUUUGUGAAAUGAAUGAAAUAGACGUUGAGAUAGAUCAAAAUGAAAGAUGGGAAUCAUAUAUACGAAAAUUUAGUAUCACUAUCUAUCAUCCAGUUGGAACAUAUAAAAUGGGCAGAGAACAAGAUUCGACAACAGUUGUAACGCCAGACACACGUGUUAAAGGUGUCCAAGGUUUGAGGGUUGUUGAUGCAAGUAUCUUACCAAAAAUAGUAUCUGGAAAUACGAAUAUACUACUCAUAGCCAUGGCUGAGUGCGCGGCUGAUUUAAUUAAAAAUGGAAGUAAACAGCUCUAA